AUGGUGCGGACGCUUAAGGAACUGUUCAAGAAGUCUCCGGACUGGCUUUUGGCCCUCUUGGCAUACCGCAAUGCACCUGGCGUGACCGGGUACAGCCCUGCUCAGCUGCUCAUGGGGCGCAGCCUUAGGACUCGCCUUCCGGUCCCAACGGCCGCGUUGCUUCCAGAACCGCCUAACGCCGCCGACUUCCACCGGCGUGACACUGCCCAACGACGUCGUCAGCGUCAAGAUCUGGAUCGUCGACAUGCUGCACAAGAUUUGCAGCCCGUGAAUGAGGGAGAGAGAGUGUAGAUUCGCGACACAGAUUGAGCUGGCACUGUUCUCAGCCCAGCUAGCUCCUAUGUGGUCCAGACGAAUGCAGGUGCACUCGUCCGCAACCGGAGACAUCUGGUUCCGCAGCAGUCUCCGUCAUCAGGGGGUCUAGACCUCGGCAGCUCCAGUCCAGUGACACAAGGAUCCGAAAGCCUGCCAGCGACUCCAACUCGCCCAGAGCCUAUGUGCAGUAGCCCAACGCCCUGGGCACUUACUCCUCUACCAGUUGCAUCGCCACCGGUUGCCCCAGCUACUCCCUCAAGACCGCCUGUGUCGGUGGUGCGCACUCGGUCUCGACGUUGUGUUAGGCCACUGGUGCGGCUGAAAUUGUAG